AUGGACAUCUUUAAACUUUAUAUUUUACUUUUGAUGGCGACAUUUGUGGCUUGUAUUCCCGAUGUCAAUGAGAAUGGUGAACAAAUGAAGGUCUGCAUGGGCACCAAUGCACGCAUGUCAAUACCGUCAAACCGAAAUCUUCAUAAUCAAACCGAAAUCUUCAAAUUACGUGAUCGCUUUACGAAUUGUACACACAUCGACGGAAAUUUAGAAAUAUCUUGGAUCGAAGAUCCAACGACGAAUUUGGAUUUUUUACAGCAUAUUCGUGAAGUUACGGGAUAUGUUUCAAUUAGACAUGUACAUGUAAAAAACAUCAUUUUUCCACGUUUGCAAGUUAUUCAUGGGAGAACUUUAUUCAAAUUGAACAUUUACGAUGAAAAAUUUGGAUUAUUUGUAAGCUACUCGCAAAUGGAUUCGCUAGAAUUACCGGCACUACGUGAUAUUGUAUCUGGAUCGGUGCUCAUAUUCAACAAUCAAAAUCUAUGCUUUAUUCAAACGAUCAAUUGGGAAGAAAUUAUUACAGGACCAGGAGAAGUAUUAAGAUACGUAUACAAUUUUACGUUUCCUGAACCGGCGUGUCCGAAAUGCCAUCCGACGUGUGUUGCCGGUUGUUGGGGCGAGGGAGCACACAAUUGCCAGAAAUUCAGCAAAAUCAAUUGUUCGCCGCAAUGUGGAAAUAAUCGUUGCUUUGGUCCGAAUCCGCGUGAUUGCUGUCAUUCAUUCUGUGCUGGUGGUUGCACUGGUCCAAACCAGAACGAGUGCAUAUCAUGCCGUUAUUUUGAUGAUGAUGGCGUUUGUAGAGAUCAAUGUCUACCGAUAGAAAAAUAUGAUUUAAAUAAUCAUUCAGGGGAACCAAAUCCAGACGGAAAGUAUGCCUACGAGCACAAGUGUGUUAAAAACUGUCCAGAGAAUUUACUUAAAGACAAUGGAGUAUGUGUGUCAAUGUGUUCAGAUGACAAAACGGCGAAAAAUGGUGAAUGUUUUACUUGUGAUGGCCCAUGUCCGAAUAUAUGUCGUAACACAGGCAUCGUUCAUUCCGGUAACAUUGAUUCGUUCCGCGGCUGCACAAUCAUUGAUGGUAAUCUCGAAAUAUUGGAUCAAACAUUUAACGGCUAUCAUCAAGUGUAUGCCAAUCUUUCGUUUGGGCCUCGAUUCAUUAAAAUGCAUCCAGAUCGCUUGGAAGUGUUCUCAACUCUGCGUGAAGUGACUGGUUUCAUUAACAUUGAGGGAAAACAUGAAGAUUUUACGGAUCUUUCUUGCUUGCGAAAUCUUGAAGUCAUUCGUGGCCGUCAAUUAUUCGACACCAAUUCUGGACAAUACACCUCUUUACACGUUGCAAAUACGAAUUUGAAGUCAUUCGAGCUACGUUCAUUGAAACAAAUCAGUUAUGGUGCAAUUGUGAUACGUGAAAAUGAGAAUCUUUGCUUUGCCAAUGAAAUCAACUGGAAAAAAAAUCAUAAAGUUCGAAAAUCAUGAAAUUUUGAUUAUUAACAAUAAAGAACCGAGUCAGUGCAGUAAGCAGCAUUGAAACGUUGGAUAAAUUUUAAUUCAAAUUGAAUUUGAUUGUCAGAUUUCAUUGUUUUAUUGAUAUUUUCUCGUUCAAACACAAUUGUAAACAAUGUAAUCAAUAAUUAGGCUUUCUCCACGACCAACUAAGAAUUGUUAAAUAUCACAAAAUAUUUGUAAAGAUAAAAUCAUUGAUAAAAACCGAUCAUAAUAAAAUCGA